AUGCUACUACCAGCGGACCAAAAACUACGCCCAGAACGGCGUGAUGAUCGAGACGAUGCAGUUCAUGGGGUACUACAUCACCGACGCGACGCGCGUGAAGAACUGCCCCGAGUUGCUUGCGGCGUCCCAAGAGAGCAGGAGAGUAUGCCCACGCGUCCAAGUGACAACACGGACAUGAAGGUCGUGUUCAAGGAGAGGUCGUGGAGCACGCGAAGCGGAAGUACAACGUGGAACAGCUGCCUCAUCUGGGCGCACAUGCAGAGGCGGCACGACCUCAUGACGCCGGAGCUCCGGCAAGACUGCGACCAGCUCCUAAAGCGCCCCCUCCUCGCCGGGGGUCAGCAGGCGAUGAUCGAGAUCGCCUGCAUGUGGGAGUGGUUCUUCACCGCGCAGGCCAUGAUCGAGUUCCGGCGCUCGCUGGUGCAGGCACUGGACGUGAAGAGCUCGCAGCUGCUGCAGAUCCCGCACUUCAACGAGGAGAGCCUGAAGCACGCCCAGCGGGGCAAGAACUCGGUGAGCACGCUGACGGACUUUAUUUCGAAGGCGCCGGAGGAGCGCAAGGGGCUCGCCAACAUGGGGCCCCAGGAGCUGGCCGACAUAGAGGCCUUCACCCAGCACGUCAGCGACAUGGAUGUUCAGGCCAAGGUCGAGGUAGAGGACGAGGCGCAGAUAGUGGUCUUUGACGUCGCCACGGUGACGGUCAGGAUGGAGAGGAAAAACCUCCAAGAGAAUGAGGCCGUCGGACCAGUGCACGCGCCGCUGUUCCCCGAGCCCAAGUUCGAGGACUGGUGGCUCUUCCUCGUCGAGGGCGGCUCCGCCACCACUCGCAUCAUCGCCUCCCAGCGCAUCCGGGACACCGAGAAGGUGGUGGUGGAGAAGCUCCGCUUCCAGCUCUCGCGGGCGGGGAAGCACCAGCUGGUGCUGCACGCCAUGUGCGACUCCUACGCCGGCCUGGACAAGAAGGUGGAGCUCAACUUCAACGUGUGCACGGAGGAUGAGGUGAAGCGCGAGGUGAUCGUCCACCCCGAGGACGAGGACGGUGGAUGCGGCGUCGUGCUCGGAGCUCGCGUUUCGUCAUGCUGCUACGCCUGA